AUGAGUACUCCGGCAAAUUUAUAUCCUGGUUUAAAUGACAUCGCAGACGUAUUGGAAGAAUAUCCAAUAGAAACAUCCCGUUAUUUAACUUUAUUGCAUGAGAUCGAUGCAAAAUGUAUAUAUUCAAGACCAGAUCUAAAUGAUAAAAUCGAUUCUUUCUUAAAGGAAUCAUUUGAUAAGAGUAAAUUACCAGUUGAAGAAUUCAAAUCAAAGAAACUUGGAUCAUUGUCUCAAAUUAAUACAUUAUUUGAAGAACUAAUGCCUUCAUUAGAAGAAAAGAUGCAUGUGUCUUCAAUAAUGCUUGAAUCAUUACAAGCAUUAAAUAAUAGAUUAGAAUUAGCAUAUGAAGUGGCAUUACGAAAUCAAGAAAUCCCAACAAGAUUACGUUUAGGGAAUGAUAACCAUCCUGCCAUGCAUUUACAUCAUGAGUUAAUGGAUAAAAUAGAGAAUAAGAGUGCAGCUAAAUCUUCACAGGCCUUAAAGAGUGAAUCAAGAAGAGAGGCUAUGGCAGCACAGAAGAAGCAAAACCAAAAACCAGCCCAACAGUCACAGGCACAACAGUCAGCUUCAGAAGAUGAUAAAACUACUACAAAACCCAAAAGAGUUGCAAAUGGAUCCAGUAAUGAACCGAAGAGGAGAAAGAGAAGAGUUAACACUGAAGUUCUUGCUAAGAAACAAGAGACCAAACCAAUACCAGCUGCUGUAGAGCCAGUUGUUACGUCUGUAUAUGCUGAUAGACCAAAAACAAAUGACUAUGGUGAACCGUUAUACUGUUAUUGUAAUCAAGUAGCAUAUGGUGAAAUGGUUGGAUGUGACGGUGAUAGUUGUGAAUUAGAAUGGUUUCAUUUACCAUGUAUCGGUUUAGAGACACUUCCAAAGGGGAAAUGGUACUGUAAAGAUUGUCAAAACAAACUGAAAUUGAAACAGUAG